GACGACAUGAGAAUGAUACAUCUCCAGCUAUUAUAUCCACCUUACAGAUUCCUGUGCUACAGUGAUUGAGAUGGAGAGUGGUGGAGGAGACCUCACGGCUAACAUGCCAUUGGCCCCCAGCUUAUCUCCUUGUUCAUUAGUCUUUUCGUUUUGAGAGCUUCUAGGCAUCAAGCAAGGUGAGGAGGCAGAAAACAUACCCACCAUGAGCUUCUCUGUGGCUAAGUUGGCUCUGGAACUGAUAGUCCCGAGCGAGGCGACGCGGACUGGCAAUCUUCCCCUCUCUUUCAUGGAUCGACUUCCCACCAUGAGAUUCAUGGUGGAUUCGAUACAUGUCUACAGCCACGGGGAGGAGCCGGCGGAGCUCAUAAGGGGGGCUCUUUCAAAGGCCCUCGUCCCCUACUACCCCAUGGCCGGCCGGUUCACGAUGUCCGGUGGUGAGCUCGAGGUUGCUUGCACCGGAGAGGGCAUAUGGUUCGUCGAGGCCUCAGCAGAUUUCUCCCUCAAGGACGUUAACAAUCUGCAGCUACCUCUUGCGGUACCGAAGGAAGACAUCUUCCCGGACUUCCCACCUGAAGACAUCAAGGACGUGAUCAUGUUGAUCCAGGUGACACUGUUCAAGUGCGGCGGAUUCGUGGUGGGCAUCAGAUCCGAUCACGCGAUGGGCGGAGGCGCCGGAUUCGUCGCGUUCAUGCAAACCGUGGCAGACAUGGCCAGUGGUCGCGUUGCGCCGUCUGUCAUGCCGGCCUGGGGCAGGGAAAGCCAUCCCCAACCCAGCGAAGCCCAUCUUGAUGGGUGGUCCGCCUCCGGUCUUCACUCCCAUGGACUUGCAGAAACUCGCAGUGGACAUACCUUUGGAUCACAUCAACCAGCUGAAGAGCGAGUGCGCGAAGGACACCGGCGAAAGAUGCUCCACGUUUGACGUCGUGCUCGCCAAGGUGUGGCAGUGCCGUGCACAAGCGAUCGGUCUCCACCCCGACGCCGACGUCCGCGUCGCCUUCGCCGCCAGCACGGUUCACCUCCUGAAAGACGUGCUGCCGGAGGGCUUCUACGGGAACUGCGGCUACCCCCUAACCGUCUCCGCGCCCUCCGGCAAGCUCACUUAGAGCAAACAAUUCCUCUGACCCCUUCGGGCUUGCACCAAUAACAAUAAAAUUCUGUAAUAGAUUUAUAAGCAUACAACUUCUCAGAGGACAAGAAACAACAGUAUGAUCAGCAUAGUUAAGAGGCAA